AUGGUGAGCGUCCUCGCUGAUCCCACGGCGUUUGGCUACGUGGAAUGUGUCUGGUAUGCGCUCGAGCCGCUGCCGAGCAACCCACAGCACUCGUUCUGCGACCGCUUUGGGCUGAGCAUGACCGAGCUCGACACCUUGCUUACUCAUACCGAUCCGUCCUUCUUCCCUGGCGCAUUGAAGGAGCUCAAGUCGCUGCGCGAAAGCUCCUUCAAGGCGAGCAUCGUAGCGGCGUGCGGGUCAACGGCACCUCCAGUCUUCAAGCAGACGGUUCGCAGCACUGCGGCGCUCGAGCGCGCUGCCGGCGCCGUCGGCGGCGUCUCGUGGGUGGCCUUUGGGCGGCAGCCGGACGUCACCCCGCAGCAGCAGGUCGACGGCCACGCGGACUCUGUUCAACCCGGCGCCGUCGGCCGCAGAGUCCUCGCUCGACUCGUCGAGGCCCGGCCCGCCCACGAGGCGACACGCGGGCCUCUCGCAGUCGACGAUGCAGCAGCAGCAGCGACGCCUGGGACCGAAGGAGACGAUGAGGACGAGUCAGCGCUCUGCUCGCUCCUAGACAUAGCCGCCGCUCUCGGGGAAGCUGGCGUCGCCAUCGACUUCAAGGGCAUGUCCAACAAGCGACUCGGCUCCGUCAUUCGCCUACCGCUAGGCGGCGCCUCGGGCUCGACGCAGCGGGCAACGCUAAGGGAGGGAGGAGCGGCCAUAGUGCGAGGCAUUGCUUCGAGCCUCAACCCGGAUGGCUCGGGAACGGCGUCCCUGAUCGCCGCCGCGCUGGUCCCGCCGCCGUCUCUCGAGACGAGGCAGCGUGUGGCUGCUGACCGCGCCGUCACCGAGAGCCUGGUGGGGUCGUACCUCGACGCGGUGAAGAGGAAACUGCCAAAGCGCGAGCAGCGCCAGCGCCUGUCGGCUCUCGUGCCCACGAUCGGUCAGCAUGGCUACACGCUGCCCAUGCUCAAGCGCGAGCUAAACAUCAACAUCUCAAGGUUCGAGUACCGCGCGACCCGCCUGCACGCGCUGACCUUUGGCCCCGCGGCGUCGGCUGAAGACGAUCGGCCGAAGCCACAAGGCGUGAAGAGCGCAGCGCUUAAGGAUGCCAUCGCCUUCCUCUACUCGCCUGAUAAUAUGCAGCAGGUCGCGUUUGGGACGAUGUCGAUCCGGCUCAGCAACGGAGAUGUAAUGGAAGUGCCUGCAACCAUGCGGACGAAAGCACGUGAGCAGAUCUACAUGGACUACGCCGAAGCCAGGCGCAAUCCGCGUGGAAAGACGUGGUUCGGACCAAAGCAUAAGCAAGGAUCCUUCCGGUACGAUGGGCUCGGUCGGACUAAGUUUCUAGAGGCGGCCGUGCUAGCAGCCAAGGGCGACCUGAAACAGCUCGGAGCGCUCGACGCCGUCUCGGAGUUUUGCGGCCGUAUGCAGUUCGAAGUCCUCCGUAAAAUCGUCCGUGAGCUAGCUGCGCUCUGCCCCAGCGAUUGCAGCUCGUUCGAGAAGCCUAUCUUGGAUCGCAUCGACGCGGUGGAGGUGCACGUAAAGCGCCAGCUGAAAGCGCACCUCGGUCAUGCAGAUGCGGCCAAGUGCGCGUGGCACUGUGCAAACCACGCGCACGCUGACGCCUCUGGGGCGGAUAAAUCGCGCCCGGCGCCCUGCACGCACGUGCACGCACAGGGCUGCAUGGAGUGUGCUCAGCUCGCGGCGCUGCAAGCCGAUCUCGACGUCCUCCUGACUGCCGCCGAGCGCUGCCUGCAGCGAAACCUCCCUAGCCCGGCGGCGGCUGCUUCCCUAGCCGUCGGCUCGUACGUCGCCUACACGGACGAAGCCGGCCUCACGCACUCAACGGUGGUCCGGGAGGUCCUCGUCAUCGCCGACUGGAAAAUGAAGUUCUUGAUGAGCGUCUUCCGCGAGGCCAUGUCCGAGUUCUUCGGCAAGCGCGGCAUGCCUUGGCACGGCUGCAUGCUUGUCCGGCGCCCGCUGCGCUUCGAGGCCGAUCGUUACGGCGAGGGAGAGUUCGUCUGCGAGUACAAACAUGCAAUGAUGCUCGCGUCGAAAGAGGACGGCUUUGCUACCCUAUCCGCAGUGCACAUCGCGCUCUCGGAGUACAAAUCUGAGAACCCGCACGUCUCGAGCGCCUUGGUCAAGACUGACGGAGCCGCCGCAUACGCGGGCGCGACCUUCACCCUCGGCCUCUCCUUCCUGGGUGAGACGACCGGCAUCGUCGUCCGCGGACACUUCAUCGGCGAAGCUGGGCAGAAUAAGUCUACUCUCGACGGCGAGUUUGCGGUCAGCGGGAGCCAGGUCCGCCGGCUCAUCUGCAGCGGCCUCCACGACGUCCGCACGCCGUCAGACCUAUUCCACGGGUUAGAGAAGGUGCUCUCCAAGCAGGGCGGCCGCACAGUCGCGCUCUUCCGGCCCGCCGGCAGCGAGGAGUUCGCCGUGGAGACGAUCGCUCGCCUCACCCUGAUGUCGGCCCGCGAGUACGUCUACGACGGGUCGGGGUCGUUCGAGGCGCUGCUGCUCCGCCGCCAGUCCUUCCUGGGGGAGGGGGAGCGGCUGACCUCGGCCGACCUCUUCCCGGACGGAAGGGUCGCGCCCACCGCGCCUCAGGUCGUCGCCUCGACGAGCCGCGGGGCGGCGGGCAGCUCGGGGCAGCACGAGCUCGUUGCACGAAGCGACGACAGGGGCCGCGAGGGCAAAGCGGACCGGAAGCUCGUCGCACGAAGCGACAGGGGCCGCGAGGCGCGGGCGAAGGCCAAGGCGGAGCGGAAGGAGGCGGCACAGGCGAAGGUGGCGGCGGAGCGCCGCCGUCUCGCUUCGGAGGCCUCGGUGGCGCGAUCGACAGCGCGGUCCUACCGAUGCUGCGACAUGCCUGGCGGCAUGCACGGCUGCGAUCGAGUCUUUGUGCGCCUAGGGGCGUUAAACAGGCAUCUGGAGCAGGGUCGCACCAACCCGGAUGUGCACCAGUCCGGUUAUGUCCGAUGCUACCCCGCCGGCGCGCCUGUCGGCAGGGCGAGCGCCGGCGACGUGCUUGCGCGAGCGGUUGCCGCACAGGCAGGGCGUGUCACCAUCCACGGCGGCGAGGGCGGCAUCGCCUCGCCCACCCUCUGCCCGGUGGCCGAGCUGCAGCUGACGCUGUGCGAUGGGACCGUGUGCAAGCCGACCCCUCCGGAGGCUGGCUAUGCCGGUAACCAGCAGGGGCGGUCGAAGCCGCGCCGCAAGUCUGCCAUGCAGCUGACCUACGUCCUACUCGUCGGCCACGACGUGAAGGACGAGAAGGGGUACGAGAACCUGCACGGGCACGAGGCGAGCCAGCUCAUGCUGGAGUGGGGCACGGCCGGCUUUGCCAGCCGUUUUGCGGGGGUUGGCAAUGCGGCGGCCACGCAAGACGGGCAGCCGCACCUGCCGCGGACGGCGCAACUCUCGGCGAGCGAGCUCACGCCGCUGCUUAUGCUGCCCCGGGCGAAGCUCGAGGCUCGCAUCCUGAAGCUGAAGGCAAAGGAGCGGCGCCCCUGGGUCGCCGCAAAGACGAGGAAGCGGAAGCGCAGCGCCGUCCCUGCCGGCCGCAAGCAGAAGCCCGACAGCGCGGCCAUCCUGCGCUCGGCGCGCGUCAAGCUUCGGCGCGCGGGCUGGGACAUCGCCGCCGCAGUCGGGCAGAGGGGCGGGCGGCGGGCGGACCGCCUCACCGUCCCGGAGCUGAAGGCUCUCGUGGCAGGCCGCGGCUGGAAACUGGGGAAGGGUGAGAAGGCCAACCAAGGCCCCCUGCUUGCGCUCGCCGAGCGGAAACGCAAAGAGGCGCGCGACGCGCACGCUGGCCGCCACGGCGGCGUCGCCCGGCCUGAGGACGGCCUGGACGAGUGCUGGGCGCCUCAGCCCGAGGAUGAGGUGUCAGACGACGGCGCGGGCGGCUCGGAGGCGAGCGGCUCGGGCGCCGCCGGCGCUGCAGGCGCAACGCCGCCGACGCCGCCACCGACGCCGCCGCCGCCGCCACCAAAGCCGCCGUCGCCGCCGCCGCCGACGCCGCCGCCGCCGCCGACGCCGCCGCCGCCGCUCGCCCCACCCCCACCCUUCUACGCCGACUUCGUCGAGAAGCUCGACGAGACAGUGCGGACGGGCGGGUAUCACGUGGUAAAGGCUGGCCGAGCCAUCCUCGCCAAUCCCCCGGUGGAGUUGGCGCUGGGAGCAGCCGGGUUGCUCUUCCUGGCGCUCUGCUUCUCCCGCUGCUGCUGCCGGCGGCGCGAGCCGCCUCACAAGCGGCUCGUGGAGCCCGACGAGGAGGAGGCGGCGGGGGGCGGCAAGCCGAGUCCGCGGCGGCCGAAGCGCCGCUCAGAUGCCAUGCCGUUCUUGCACGCAAACCGGUCCGCAGCGGAGCUGGAGCUGGCGGAGCAGGUGGCGGAGCUGGAGCGGCACCUCGCCGUGAGCAAGGCCACAAGGCCGGAAGUAGCAUCACUCGUUCAGAUGGCGCGGGCCGCGAAGUCUGAGCGGGAGUCGUGA